AAGCUAACGAAGAGCCGGUCAGUAGUGUGUCGAACUUCCAUACGAUCAACUUCUGAAGUUACAGUGAAACCUUUAGAAAAUAUAAACAAAAUGAGUACAAAAGAAAAUAAUGAAGUUGCAGUUGAAAAACUAGACAACGACAAAAGUGAAAAGUGUGAAUUAAAGGGCACGAAGCGAGCGGCAGAGGACAAAACGGACGAGCCUAAAAAAGCGAAGAAGGAAGAAAAUGGCGCUAACUCGGAGGGUGAAGACCUCGACGAGGAAGAAGAAGAGGGUGUAGAAGAAGAAGACACCGGCGAAGACGAAAUCUGCGAAGGGGAGGAUAUCGAAGGAGACGAAGAUGAUGAAGAUGAGGUGGAGGGUGAAGAUUGUGUGGAGGAAGAAGAAGAAGAAGAAGAUGCAUAAUAGUGUAGUAUGUGACGGACUCUUUUAUAACGCAGUGCAAAAUCGCAAGCUACUCGGUGGCCGAACAAAAGUUAAAUCGUAUAAAGCGCAAUUUUUUAGUUCCUCAUAUGACGUCAUAUUAUAGUGUAUACAUCGUUUUUAUAUAGUCAUAGUCAUCAUAUAUAUAUUUCUUCUCCUACAGCAGCAGCAAAAGCCACGUUGACUAUCUUGUGAUUUGCAUUGGAAAGUGUUCAGUGCCGUUAUUUAACUAAUUGUUAUGCCGCGGUACCUGAAUAACCUUUAACUUAUUCUACGUAUCCCCCUUCAAUGAUGAUUUGUAUAAAAAUGUCCAUUUUUUGUGUAAAGAUAGGUAUAAAUUUCAUUUUUCUUAGUUUAAAAAGUUGUGGUCAAUCAGCAGCAUCAGCAUUAUCAUUUUUCUGACUAUUAUUGCAAUUGUAAAAAGAGUUUUCGAAAAAAAUCACAUUAAAACCACCACCACCAAACAUAAUAUAUAAAUAAAUUAAAAGGUUGCUAUCGUUUCUGUCUAACGAUUUAUGCCAAAGGUAAAAACAAACAAAAGCAGAAGGGCAAUAAAAAUGUUAAGUAGGCUAAAGUAGAUCUUAGUCUCAACUGUUUUUUUAGAACCGUGUGUUGUAUGUAUGUAUGAUAUCUAUUUUUUAUUUUAUUAUUUUUUAAUUGAAUUUAACUGUUGAAGAGCUCAGCGCUACCAAGUCGCUUGGCUCUUUAAACAAACUAUUAGUUUCCUUGCGAGUUGUUUUGAAAUCAAUCGUCGGCACAUCUUUCCCAAAACUUACCUAUAGUACAAUCCGUUGCUUUGUUUUUCUUAAGUAAAACAAACGAACGUGGCGUUUGUGCAACAGACUUUGUAGCUGGAUCUGCAUUUUGCUACUUGCUUUGUUUUACGAACGCCUUGCCGCUUUCCAAAGGCGUGCCGACGAUUUUUGCGACGAAUUAAUUAAUUAUUUCAUUCCAACAAUGUUUUCUUCUUUUACUAUGACAAUUGAGUAAAAAUCUGCGCGUUUUUACUUGUAUAUUUUUACAGAGAACGAUAUGAAAUUUUAUCAUUGUCUACUUAAUUUAAAUACUAUUAUUAAUCUUGUAGAAAUUGAAUUGUAAUUUAAUUAAACAAAACAGUGCUGUAUGAAAUUUUUUUGAGUGAAAAACAAUGGAUACAAUUGUUUCUUAAUUUUAUUUCGUUUUAUUUUUUAGCCCAUUGGUUUUUGUAAAUAACUUUUCAAUUAAAAUUUGAAAUUUUC